GCAGUUGUCUUCCCAAAAUAGCCCACACUCCACGGCCUUAUAUGUGCAGGCCUGCAGCAUGUGCCUGAGGAGGCAUCAUGUAUCUAGGCCACACAAUACGGUCCACAGGCUCAUUGUUGCUGCUCACCAGCAGGCCUAUCACCCCCCUCAGGGACCAGGCCUGUCUUUCUGUUUAGUGUCGGCUCAACAUGCAUCUCACCGGGCUUAACCACGAAUGUCUCCUCCACCUUUUUUCCUUCCUGGACAAAGACAGCCGAAGGAGUUUGUCCUUUACUUGUCAUCAGCUACGUGAAGUCUUCAUGGACCCCCGCCUCUGGAAUCUACUUCUCUUCAGCUCCCCGUGUGAGCUGAGGAGGGACAACUUUGUGCUGGGGCCCUCGCUGCGCUACCUUACUGUUUGUUGGUACUCCAGCAGAGUCCUGCAGGUGUGCAACAUAGAGGACUGGCUAAAGAGCUCGUUUCAGAGGGACAUAUGCAGCAAACACGAACGCCUGGUCAGCACUUUCCUGGCACAGGUCCGCCACAUGUGUCCCAACCUGUUCUCCCUGACCCUGUCCGGCUGUGGACACAUCACUGACCAGGAUGUGAUCUCCACGCUGCGGAGCUGCAGGAAGCUGUGCCGCCUCCACCUGGAGAACUGCGUCCGUAUCACCGACUCCGGCCUGGAAGGCGUGGCGGCUCACGGCGCGAGUCUGGAGGAGGUUAAGAUCGACUUCUGCAGGAACAUCACUCAGGCAGGGCUGCAGGCUGUCAAAAGGAAGAGGCCCGGCAUCGAGCUGAGUGCAGAGAGGAGCGCCGGCAUGAUCCCAGACAGCAAACCUGAGGAGAGGGUGCCGCUCAGGAGGACCCUGCAGAAGGUCCUGCAGUUCUCCUGAUGGAAAUCCUCUCAUGUGGGGGACAACGAGGAGGAGCAUUCCUGUAACUGCUGGACUUUAAAGAUCUUCACCGUGGUGCUUCAUGGAAGUGUCUUUACAUCCUCUUUUUAUACUUUUUUAUAAAACACAUGUGGUCUUCCACCUUAUGCAUACUUACAUUGUCAGGCUGUCUCUAUUCUAGGCUAAGUUCUUCAGGGACAUUUUUUUUUUUUUUUACAAACUUUCAAUGAAUAAACAGAUGGUCUUUCUUUAUCUACAGUGAUAUUAAUAACACAACAUUAUGAUCGCGUUCCUGAAGAUUUUGGAAAACAUUCAAAAACCCAAGAGUCGGACAAGAUCAUAUCAUUAUCAGUAUCAGUACCAUUAUGUUUCAGUGCAAACAUGAAGCUGAAGCCAGAGGCCAGUUAGCUUAGCUUAGCUUAGCUCAAAGACUGGAAACAGGGGCAACAGCUAGCCUGUGCACAUUUUACAAAGCUGAACAAUUCUAAACUUCUUUUUCAUAUUGUCAAAUAUUUAUUAUAAUACUGUAAUAAUAUGCAUGAAUGUGUAUGGGUGUGUGUGGUUGAGUGUAUGGGUAUGUAGGGAAUGUUAAAUAUUUCUCUUUGGAGACAGCAUGUUUUGUUGUUCAGUGUGCUCUGACAAGGAGUGCUUUCUUAUCUUUGCGACCCAAUCAGCUGUUCUAAAGCUCACUAAUCAAGAUAGUUUUGUAGUUGUUGUUGUUUUUUUUAAUUAAUACUCAACAUGAAGUGAUAAACAAGUCUACUUUUCACAGAAGGUAAAAUUGCUAAGAAAUAGUCCCCCUUAAAUAUUGUGCAAAUUGUUUUGUAAAUAUUAAGAAAAUGAGACAAACAGAUACAAUCUACACCUGUUUCCUUUCUUUUAUGCUAAGCUAUGCUGAGUUGAUCCAGAUAUCGCUCACACCUCUGCCUGAGGACACAUUCACACCUACACUAUGCGGAAGAACAAACGGUGCCUGAUGACACCCUUUGCUCUGUCUGUGUCAGAGUGAGACAUGUCAGAGCUGCAGGAAGGGUUCUCAGAGGGCAAGGUGUGCCUGAGCGGGGAUUGGAUUCAUGUUACAUAAGACUGAGAGAUGUAUGAAAGUAGGUUGAUUAGGUGAGUGUGUCUGUCUUUAAAGCCCAUGUGACAUGUGACAAAUAUACUGCAGGCUGCUGCUGCAUGGAGGCAACAUCCUGAAACUGCAUCGCUGAAGACAGACCAUCAUUUAUGUUUUGUAUUUAUUCUGCAGUUUAACUUUAUGAAGCUUUUUUUUUCUGUGCUACAGAUGUGCACUAUUCAGAAAUAUUUCUUUUAACCAAAUAUUGCAGAUUUUCCUCUUUUUCAGUUUCACUUUU